AUGAAGAUCGCUACUCUUACCGCACUCUUCGUUGCUGCUGCUGUCGCUGCCGCAGCUGCCGUUAUACCUAUACCAUCCAUCCCCAACAACGAUGACACAGUCAUCAUUAGAGCGACGACCUCAAACGGCGCCGAACAGAACAGCCUAGCUCUCCCAAAUUUCGCCUGCUAUUCCAGAUGGCUAUUCUCUACCGGCAACGACAUCAUCUCUGGCAUCCCCUUUACAGCUGGACAGUCCCAGCCGAGCGCCGACCUAGCCAGCCGAAGCCUUGCCCACUCUGUCGGUCUGCUCUGCAACCGCCUUGGACCAUCAUCCUAUCCUACCCGAGAUGCAGUCCAAUCCCUCCUCGUCAUCUCCUUCAACACCGACAACAGCAGCAAUCUCAUCGUAGCCCCCUUCAACGAAAUCGCAAACCUAAAAAUCAGAGGCACAGAUAUCAUCAGACUAGAGCUAAUCGCAGGCUACGGGGAUCAUGAUUACGCACUAUUGUGGGCACCUGUGCAGGAACAUGGGAUUGGUGGCCUCCGUAGCAUCGUCUUCAAAGACAUUGGCGAGUGCAAAAUUCAUGGAUGA